AUGGUGAUACGAAGACAUCUCGAAAAAAAAUGGAACGACAUCCAAGUAGGUCGUCAAGGUUCUUAUUCAGUCGAACGACUUGAAAGCUUCAAUGCCUACUGCGAAUCCACUUCUCGUAUUCGUGUAAUUCUAGUAUGUUUGCUCGUUCCGCUACCUACUCUAACGCUUGCGAUCUUUUUGGAGUGUCUACCGCUCCGCAACCCGUCUGAGGGAUGGAGAGCAAAUUGGAUGUUUUGGAUUCGUCAGGCAAUAUCAGUGUUUAUGGCGACUUUUACAGGCACUCUUAGUUUCAAGAUGUUCAUACCGGUCUUGGAAAUAACGCCAGUAAAGACUUUUGCAAUUCCAUUUUUGCUUUCGGUGCUGUACAUGACAACCAUGCUAGUAGCCGCUAGCACGAUUGGGUAUCCUCUUCCAUUUACUGUACAACUUGGAAACGUGGUGGUUGGAGCUCACAUGUUGGUAGUCUUAGUGCUUGUGUUGGGCAAGUCACCAUUCACAAAGGAAUCUAUUUGUCGGCCAUACCUUCUACGGUUUCAGCGAUAUCAGUAUGCGUACUUUGCAUUCACUAUCUUAUAUCCCUUUUGCAAAGCUCUUCACGAUUCAAUAUAUCCAACAUAUCGAAACUUAAUAGUGUUGAUGCUGCCAAUAUGGAAAAUCGGAGCUAAAUAUAUUGUAAUUAGUGCCACACGUGAAUUGGAGGACAUCAUACCGCAAACAUUAAGUUUUACUGUGGAUCUAUACAGCUCGCUUUUCAUGUCUGUUUGCAUGUCAAAUUCUGCCUCUUUACUUCUGUCUUUAACUUUCAUUGUUGCCGACGUGGGACUAACAUUAUUGGAAUUUCGCGAACUACGGGUUAAUGCAUUUGACGUAGUCAAAUUACUUAAUCAACAACGUUUGUCUCAAGAUUCUUUGCAGUCUGCACAAUUGACUAAUUCGCCAGAUUUACUUGAGAUGAUUCUUGCGGUGACGCGAGAUCCUCACGCUUAUAAUAUCCUUUCAAUGCGUGGUGUGCGAUUGCAUGCAUGUCUACCACAUCCUCUUCCAGAAGAUUGUUCUAAGCAACUUCAAAUUCUCGCAGCAUCAGGAUUAUAUUGUCAAAACGAUGCGACCAAAACACGACCUAUUCGUCGACGCAAGCUAACGUCUCGCUUUUUUUCCAAAACUUCUGUUCAGCCGAUAGAGUUAAACCUUGUGAGUGUUUUGACGAAACAACAGACGAAAAAAAUUGCUCCAUGUCCCAAAGUCUCGGAUGUGAACACAAAAAACGGCAGAAGAUCGGAAUAUUUUGUUCUACAAGGACUCCAGUUUCUAUUUCAUUGUGAAUAUUUGGCACUAGUGGAAUACAUUGAAUGCGUUGUUCCGACCAUAUUUGUCAUUUACAAGUCAGUACUGGAAUUGCUUCCAAAUGUCGUAUACUAUCCUGGUGGUGCUGGCAAGUGGGGUACCUUUGCUAUGUCAAAUAUUUUGAUCUUUGCUUUGUUGGAAGUUGGGUCGUUUCUCUUUUUAAAUCAAUUUAUACAGCGCAAGUUUAAGGUCUCUCCUAUGUAUCAGGUCGCUUUUGUACUUGAAAAGACGGCGUGGCAGAUUCAAUCGAUGUUGCUACUUUCGAUUUUUCUGCUAGCGUACGAGCUCGCUCAUCACGGAGUCGAUUUCACUUUCCGAUUCAAAUGGAUCCAAUAA